AUGAGCUCCAAGUCCGACGUCGAGGGACAGGAUAUAUCAACGAACGUGCCCGUUCUGAACACAGCUUCUUCAACCCUCAGAUACAACAACCUCACUGAGCUCGAAGACCAACUCGACCGAGACGUCCAGUUCAACCUCGAAGACCUCCUUGCCACCUUCUCGUCAUCGUCUCUUACUCAGACGUCCCAUCCUUCCCGCACAUCAACAACCACCAUGUCUUCAUCGCGUUCCGGCCGCUCGGGAGGUUCAUCGAGCCACCACCGCAGCUGCAAGAGUAGCAAGAAGCCAAGGGCGGUUCAAAGGUCGAUCCAGCAACUAAUUGAAUCCCUCGAGACACACCGCGUCAACACCCUGACGGAGCUCUGCCGUAUCGAGCGCGUAGCGGCGACCUGCGAGAAUGAGGAAGACGCCCUGGCCUUCCAGGGCCCGAUGACCUCCGCCUGGGACUACUACGUCAACAGCAACCAGUUCUUGACGGAGCUCCGCGGCCUGACGCGAAGCUACCCUCUCUGCAGCGAUAUCCUCUACGACGCUCACGUGCGCGUGCGCAAUGACCCCAACUCGAACAAGAGCUGGAACCUGGCGUGGCUGUGCCUGAUGAAGAUCCAGGAAGAUGACCUGGUGUCUGCGUACGCCGCCCUCGAGGCCACGAAGCCCGAAAUGUGGGGUGGCCGCGAGCCCUCCGCGGAAGAAGCGGCCCAGCUCACCGCGUGCUUCGAGUACGAAUGGAACAAGGCCGUCGACACUAUGCUCCGGCACUGGUCCAUCCCGCCGACCUGGUACUGA